AUGUGUUUUGGAAGGUGUGCUAGAUGUGUUGGUUAUAAGUUGCUCAUCCUUGCCCUCCUCUGCAUUGUGGCCAACACUUUACUUUAUUUUCCCAAUGGUGAAACAAGAUUUGCUUCAGAGCAUCACCUCAGCAAAUAUGUGGAGUGCCUUCACGGCAUUCUAGGUGGAGGCUUUCUGGUACUCAUUCCAGCUGCAGUGUUCAUUGGGCUUCACGAUGACGACUGCUGUGGGUGCUUUGGUCGUGAGGGCUGUGGAAAGAGCUGCGCGAUGCUGUCCUCAGUUCUGGCAGCCCUUGUUGGGAUCCUUGGCUCUGGGUACUGUAUAAUCAUUUCAGCGCUGGGCUUGUCUCAAGGACCGUAUUGUCUUACCCACCCAGAAAGAAACUGGAUCUAUCCUUUCACUGACUCCUCUGGAGGGUACUUGUUUGAGUACAACAAGUGGUCUGAAUGUCAGGAACCUCAAAACAUCGUGCAGUGGAAUAUCACCCUCUUUUCCAUCCUGCUCGUUUUGGGAGGAAUAGAAUUCAUUCUGUGCUUCAUACAGAUAAUCAAUGGCAUUCUUGGAGGACUGUGUGGGUUGUGCUGCAGUCAUGAGGAGACAUAUGUUUGCUAG